AGAUAAUGGUGUGUAAAGUUAUUGUAUCAGACACUUAUGAGGAUGCAUGCCUUCCUUUGUGGAAUGCAGUGCCAAUAUAUGGCAUAUUGCACUGUGGUCAGUUCUAUAUAUUGGCAGGGGAAAAAAGCCAUCAACAAUUGCUGUCAAUCGCUUGUCUGCCAUUUGAAAACCCAUUCCGUAAAAUGCUGCCAACAUAGUUGAAAAGAAACAGCUGAUGAAUGCUACUAGACACCGCAGGCGUGCAAAGGGGUUCUAUUUCCACUUGUUAGUGAUGUCUCUCGUGAUUUCUGGGUCUUUUUCCAAAUUUUGAAAUUACAACAGAAAUGGCAGGGUACUUCCUAUCUAUGGUACAUGCUAAUUGCUACCUAUUUUCUCUUCUUUUGUUGUCUUGGAACGUUCUUCAUUGGGUAAACAGUUUUGAUCGGUCUUUGCAUUGAUUUUGUGAAAGUUCUUCAAAUCGGAGAAGAAAAAGAACUCUAUUGAGGAAGAAGAGAGAGCUAGCGAAAUACUUUGCAAGUUUGAAUUAGAAAAGGAGUAUCAAGCCAUGAGAAAAAGCACAUCUGCAUGUGACAAGUUUUUCUGCCCCUUUCAGAGUCCUGUUCUUGUCUUUAUUUGUAUGGCUUAAUUAACUACUUUGGAGCACAGUUUGCUUUUGUGAUUUGCAGUGCUUUGACAUGAGCCAACUUGACCUGGUUUUUCUCAAUGGUGGAGACUAUUAUGUUGGUUGGUGCAUUCAUGUUUUUGGGGCAUGUAAUAUAUAGGGAGCACUUCACCACUUGGCCUGUUGUUACCAAUGACAUGCAGUCAUGUGUAUGAUGAGGGUGUGAUAAAGUAAUUACAAACUUCAGAUCCGGCCCCCAAAGCAAUGAAUAUAGUUACUAAUUACUUGCUAUAAAUGCUGCACUGCAUGCAUGCAGCAGGCAUUGCUAUACAAGUUCAUGCAUGCAUGCAUGUAUUGAAAAUUGUAAGUGAUGUCUGGUGGAUCCGGAACUAGUGAUCAUAUCGGAGUGAAUUCAGAUUCACCACAAGUAAUAAUUCAGCCAGCAAAUAUACAGAGCGAGGAUUCGGAAUCUGCAAAGUUACAGUCUGCUAAGUUACAUGCUUUUCAUACUCUUAUUCGGCCGUUCCAUUUCUGCUUAUGCUGAUUUGUACCGUUUUCAGCCAAAUAUCGCUGGUGAAUCUGACCAACCAACUGAGACUGCACACAUGGAUAAACUGCAGCGACAACUCAACGGAUAACGACUGUUUGAAUCAAUUGGAUACAGAAGAUGAGGCCGAGGCUAUAGCCGUGUUCUGGUACAUUGUUAUCAUUUUGAUAAUUCCAAAUCUGCACACUUUUAUUAUGUCAUUCAUGCAUGGAGUGCUUUCGCAGCAGAAUCCUUGGCCUUCUAUUGUGUCUGGUUUUGUUGGUGCACUGGUCUCUAUCAUUGAAGUCUGGGUAAUGUGUACUGUUAUUUUCUUAGGAAUCUCUGUCCUUCCACCUGGAUUAAAUCUUUUUUUGCUCAAUGGAGUUUGUAUUGUGCAGGUGAUACUGGACAUUUGUAACUGCAAAAAGAAAAGGUUUUCAAGGGGACAGUACUCCGAACUUAAUGAUCAAGAACGUAAGCAGAAGAAAUUGAGCUUUAGGUGUUAUCAACUCUUUGCUGGUGUGACAUUUUUGGUAUGUUUUUUAUUUGUUCAAGUACCUUUAAUGGCAUUUCUAGAAAAAUAUCAGAAAGCAUUUUUUAGUUUGCUAUUGGGUAUGAUAUUUUUUACCCUUUUUUGGUUAAGAAAUGCUCCAAACUGGAUAUCACAACUAGCAUGCAUUUUAACUUUCCAACAAGGUGACAAAAUCCAUCAAAAAGAUUCGAAGUCAAGGAAAAUGUACAAAUCAAGUCUCAUCAAUGCAACAGUUCGUUUGAUAUGCUACCCGUUUUUUGCUUACUUGGUAUUCCGAAACAUGACUCACCACAAAAUAGAUCCUUGGUGUUCAGAGUGCACAAAUCUUCAGGGUAUAACACUUGCUCCGUUUCUGAUUCAAAUCUUCACCACUUAUGGUGCAUACUGGAUUGCGUGGUUUGCUAGUGCAAUGGCACUGAGGAGGAGUAUUUUUGCUGCUUUGAUUUUCUCUACUCCAGUAUCUAUUGCAGCAUACUAUGGAAGUGCUGCGAUGAAGGUAGCUGCCCCAUUCUUCUUUUUGAAUAUCACUGAACACAGCGACAUUGAUGUUAUUCAUGACCCAACAAUUCAACCUUGGUACAUUAUUGGCAUGGUUUUUGGUUCUCUCGUUUGGAUUGCUUUCACAUUUGUGUUGAUUGUACAUUGUUAUAGAUAUAAAGGUAAAGUAAUGGCUUUAGAUAAGGACAUAUUUAUGACGCCGUACUAUGAUAGCAUUUUCUUCCAACAACAUCUUUUUCUCAAUAUGAAGAUUCAAAGAGCAACUAAACCUAACACUUAGCAAACUGAAAAUGUAUAUAUGUUUACCAAUGUACCAGGAGAGUGCUGAAGAAAUGAAAACACUGCUGGAAUCUGUCAGGGGAUUUGCACUUACUGCAGCAGGAAAGGUUGAUGGUAAUGAGUACGAAUGCCAUAUUGUAAUCGACAAUGGUGCCCAAAAUACAAAAACGACAAAAUUCUCCAGCCAACUUUUGGAACUAAUUAAGGAAACAACUGGAAAAGACUGCGCAGAUGCAAAAUAUGAGACAAAAUACGGUUGGUGCUGUAGAUGGGAGCCAGGGUUCAAUGGUAUUCCGCUCAUUGUCCAUCUCAAAGAUCCCACUAAGGUGAGGGACAAGAAACGAUGGAGCCAAGUGCUGUACAUGAAGCUCAUAAUCGAACACUACCUAAAGGAUAAGCCGAUGGAAAAUGCUUAUACCCUCACAACAGAUGGUGAUGUCAGCUUUGAUUAUCAAUCUGUUGAUCGUCUGAUUGAUAGAAUGAAAUCUAAUAAAACGGUUGGUUGUGUGUGUGCUCGAACCCACCCAAAAGGAUCGGGGAUUCUUUACUGGUAUCAGCAAUUUGACUAUGCUAUCGGACACUGGCUUCAGAAAUCAGCAGAAGAUGUUCUAGGCUGUGUGCUGUGCUGCCCAGGCUGCUUCAGUUUGUUCAGGUGCACAGCUCUCAAAGAGGCACUUGAUGAAUAUUCCAAGCCGGCCGAGAAUGGAAUUGAAUUUUUAAGGAGGAAUAUGGGAGAAGAUCGAUGGCUGUGCACAUUGCUAAUUGAGAAGGGUUACAGGCUUGUUUACUGUGCUAUAUCGUCGGUUAAGACUUCCUGUCCUGAAUCAUUCGCUCAGUUUUUCGCUCAGCGAAGAAGAUGGAUACCUUCAACUAUUGCCAACAUAGCUAGCUUGAUCUCAAAACGCUCAGUUAUAACAAAACAUAGCAAUUACAUAUCUGCUCUCUUCAUUCUGUACCAAAUUCUAAACAUUGUAUCAACUGCAAUUUCUCCAGCAACUGUAGUGUUUAUGAUUUCCAAUGGACUAAAAUCGGCAUACGGGUUGUCUGAAACUGCAAACCAGGCACUUAUUGGGUUUGUGAUAAUUCUUGGCAUUGUUUUUGGACUUAUCUGUCUGUUUGCCGAUGAUAAAACACAAAUCGAUAUAGCCAAAAUACUCACGCUGGUUUUUAUUGUCUUGAUGAUUCUCGUAUUGGUUGGUCUAGCCAAAGAAAUGGUUCACCUCAUACCCCAUUACCACCCAAACAAUCCAGCACUUCUUAAUUGCACAAGUGUCAUGAACGAUACUCAAAAGUACGAAGAAUGUAUCACUCACUAUUUACCGCCAGUAAGUUUGAUCUACUUGGCAUUCUUCACGACAAUCUUCGCACUCACAGCAUUUUUCCACUUCUCUGAAUGGACAAAUAUACUCCACGGCCUGACAUUUUUUAUUGCAUUGCCAACAGGGUACUUUCUACUUCCUAUCUACUGCGCUGCAAAUUUGAAAAACCAGAGCUGGGGUACAUGAGAGGAGAGAGACAAAAAAGACAAAGGGUUGAUUGAUUACAUAAAGGUUGGUUGGAGUUACGUGAAUUGCUGUAUAUCAGGGACGUGCUCUAAUUUGGAAGCUAACAAAGUAGUAGGUGAUUCCAAUCAGAAAGCAGAUAACAGCUCGAAAUUUACUCCAAUUGAACUUGUGGAGAGUCAUAGAAAUCAAGAGGAGGUAGAGUUCUGGAAGGAAGCAAGUGUCAUUGACAUACUUCGUAAACCAUCACAGCAGAAUGCGAGAGAUGAGGAAACCCCAUCUACAGUAUCAGAUUCUAAUUCGGAAGCUAAAGCUAGCCAAAGUGUCACUGAUGUGGAACAAGAUGAGAUUGUCAAAAGUAAGAUCUAGUAAACCUAAAGAGAGUCAAGACGAUCACAAAGCAGAGAAGAACAUCGAAUCUUGUGAACAAGAAGGAGAAGCUAGAAAAGCAAACAACCAACAAGAGACGAAAAUUAAAGAAUCCCUCUCUACCUUACGAAACACAUCGCUUGCGGCUUUGUUUGUCGUAAAUAUUUUGUGGAUACUACUUCUUUAUACUAUUGAGUUUGUAGAGAUACAUAAAUGUAUAUAUCAAACCAUUUGGAGUGAGGACGUUCGAGCUUGUCUUUCUUUCCUUGUAUGCUCUGCUACUUUUCAUCCAAUUUGCUGCGAUGAUUAUUCACCGAAUCAUCACUUUGGUGCACUACAUUGGAACUUUUUCGAAGGGUACAGAGGGCGAAGAGACGAGUGAGGGAUGUAUGGCGGCCUGUGUGAGCUGUCUUGAUACUUCUGAGCUGUUCAUAAAUAAGACUUGGUAGAUAUAAUUAUACACUUUUCGACUGUGUAGCUAAUACGUAGGUAUAAUAGUUUGCACGGUUAUUAAUGUUAGUAUA